AUUUUAUAUGAUAAACUACAGAAACAUAUAAUUAUUACUACUUCUAUUAUUGAUAUGCUUUUCAAAUAAGUGCAGUAAGAUAAUAUUAAUGAAAAAAGUAAUUUAUGGUUAAAAUAUGAACACUUGGCAACAAACACUUCGAUUACUAGUUCGCCAAAAUAAAACAUUCAAUUUACUUGAUGUAGAAAAAAAUGAAUUUAAAAUAAUGAGUUACUUUGUAGAGAAUGUUACUAUAAGAAAACAAAUUCUUGCAUGGCUUCAUAAUGUGGAACAAAAUCAAACGUCAAAUAAAAAAAAUGUACAAAAAAGUGAAGAACUACGAAAACAAGGCAAUAAGGAAUUUCAAAAUAAAAAAUAUUUUUUAAGUAUCAAAUAUUAUACUUUAAGUUUACAAUAUGCUCCAUCAGAAAGUGAAGAUUUGCCGUUAGCAUUAGCCAAUAGAUCAGCUGCAUUAUUUUACAUAGAGAAAUAUGAGGCUUGUAUUAAAGAUAUUAAAUUAGCCUUACAAUAUAAUUAUCCUAAAAAUAUAUUGUAUAAAUUGCAUUUACGUGCUGCACAUUGUUAUUUAAAAUUACAUAAAAGAAGUCUCAUGGAGGAAGCUCUUCAUAAAGUUUAUGAAUGCCUUGAAAAUAAUAGUAUUCUAUUGGCUCCGAAAAAAGAUGAUAUAGAAAGGCAAAUUGAAAAUUUACUCUCUGAAGCUGUCAAUAUAAUAGAUAAUGUUGAUAUAGAUAAUAUAGAUUCUAUGUUACCAAACCUUACAUUUGGUGAAAAUCCAAAUUUUCCAUAUGCUUCAAUUGCAUUAGACUUGAAAUUUUCAGUAGAGAAAGGUCGCUAUGUUGUUGCUAAUCAAAACAUAAAGAAAGGUCAAAUUUUAUUCGUUGAGAAACCUUUUGCUUUUGUUUUAUUGGACAACGAAAAUAGUGAUGUGGUUUGUGCAAAUUGUUGUAAAUCCAGAGGUGACAUUCCAGUUCCUUGCAAAUUUUGUGCAUGCACAAUGUAUUGCACAGAAAAAUGUCAAAAACUAGCUUGGACAUCAUAUCAUCAAUGGGAAUGCUUUGGUAAUCAAAUUGGUAUCUGGGAUCAAAUAGGGAUUGCUCAUUUAACAAUAAGAACUUUUUUAAAUUGCUGUUAUACAGAUAAUAAAAAAAAAUUUAAUGAAAUUCAACAACUAAUUACAAAUAUUGACAAAAUAUCUACACAAGAUAUGUUUAUAUAUGGAGUUUCUGCUUUAAUGAUGGCAUUAUAUUUGAAUACAUUUACGAAUUUUUUUAAAAUAAUUAAUAUUUAUGAAAGACUUUUUAUGAAGUUUAAUAAUCAAAAAUUGAAUAUGUAUAUAUUGUCUGAAUUUACACCUGAAGAAUGGACUGAAGAACAUAAUAUGCUCUAUGUUAGUGGAAUACUUUUAAGAAAUAUGUUACAGCUUAUUUGUAAUGGGCAUGCAAUUACAAGAUUAAAUUUAACUACGUCAGAAUCACACAAUAUUGCUACUGAAUAUCAAUGCAGAGUGGCAACUGCCAUAUAUCCUUCUGCUAGUAUGAUGAAUCAUUCUUGUGAUCCAAAUAUCAUCAAUAGUUUUAAAGAUCAAUAUCUUAUUGUUAAAGCAGCAAAAGACAUAUUAAUUAAUGAUGAAAUUUUUAAUUGCUAUGGACCACAUUACAGACGAAUGAGUAAGAAUGACAGACAAACAGCAUUAAAGAAUCAAUAUUGUUUCACAUGCAAUUGUGAAGCUUGUUCUCAGCUAGCUUUACAAAACUUUUCUGAUAAAUUUCAAAAAUUGAAUUGUGAGGCAUGUGGUGGUCCUGUUGAAAUUAUUAAUGAUUCAACCAUUUAUUGUGUUGAUUGUGAAACUACAUUUGAUUUAACUAAAAAUAAAUUACACGAAUUAGAACAAGCUAAUAAGCUCUAUGAAUUAUCUAGAUUUUUUAUGCAAUCAGAAAAUAAUGAAGAAGCUUUAGAAAAAGCAAAGCAAUGUCUUGAAAUUAGAAAAAAUAUUUUAAAUAACCAUCAUGAAGCUGUUGCAUUCACUUAUGAUUUAAUUGGAAAAAUAUUAGCAAUUAUGGGUCGAUGGUUGGAUUCCGUAUCAUAUUUAGAACAUAGUAUAGCUGCGAUAGAAGAGAGAUUUGGUUCUGACAGUAUAGAAUUAGCUAAUGAACUUAACAAAAUUACGGACAUAUGCCUUCAAUACUUAAGAGAAGAAACAAAUCCAAAUACUAAACAAUACAAAAAUAUUUUAAAAAAAACUCGACGCUAUUUACAUCACGCUGAAGAGAUCCUUAAUUUAAAUUACGGUCUUUGGAAUGAAGCAUGUCGUGAAAUAAUAGAAAAACAAAACGAUUUAGUACCAUUACUUUCAAAUUUAAACUUAUAAAUA